AUGCUUGGCAGAUCCAUGGCCACUGGGUCGUCGUACUACCUUCCCUCCCCCAUGACACGCUCGAUGGACAGUAACAACAACAUUAAGUUUGUUGUUGUAACGGGUGGUGUCUGUAGUUCGCUUGGGAAAGGGGUGACGACGUCGGCUACUGGCGCUUUGCUCCGUGCACAAGGCUACCGCGUGUGCAGCAUUAAGAUUGACCCCUACAUCAACAUUGACGCGGGACUAAUGAGCCCGUUCGAACAUGGCGAGGUGUACGUUCUCGCUGACGGAGGCGAAGUAGACCUCGACUUGGGUAACUAUGAGCGCUGGAUGGCGGUAUCCUUAAAGUCAAAUCACAAUAUCACCACCGGGAAGGUGUUCCACAAACUCAUUGAGAAGGAGCGUGCCGGAGGAUUUCUGGGAAAGACGGUGCAGUUGGUGCCGCAUUUUACGAACGAGGUGGUGGAUCACAUCUUCAAUGUCUGUCAGGAGGCGGUGUGUGAGAGUGGCAAAGGGCCGGAGAUCUGCAUGAUUGAGGUUGGCGGCACAGUAGGGGAUAUGGAGUCGCAGCCUUUUAUGGAGGCGUUGCGCCGUCUUCGCUAUUCCAUUCCGCCGCAAGACUUUUGCUUGAUGCACACAACGUACCUUCCAGUUUUUGGUGGGGCGCAGAAGACAAAACCGACGCAGCACUGCUUUCGUGCUCUCUUGUCUAUUGGCCUUCAGCCGGACUUUAUGAUAUGCCGUAGUGAGGAACGCCUUACGAAGGAGGUGAAGGAGAAGCUAAGUAAUCAAUGUGGUGUUAAAAUUUGUGACAUUAUUGGGGCACCAAAUGUGGAUUGCUUGUAUGAGAUUCCUGUGGAAUUCACCAAGGAUGGCCUGGUUGAGCGGUUACUGCACAAGCUACGGCUACACCCAAAGGUUCCAGCAGCGGACGUGCCCAGCUAUGAGACGUAUGUGGAGUAUACCAGGAUUCUGCGUGACAUGUCAAACCCGGUUGUGCGAAUUGCUUUUGUGGGAAAAUAUGUCACAGCUGGUGGGGAUGCGUAUUUCUCGGUUCUGCAAUGCCUGGAACACUGUCAGAUUGCCCUGCAUGUUCGGCUUGACAUCAUGUACAUGGAGUCGGAAAUGUUGGAGGGGCCUAAUGCAGAGGAGGCCAAGGAGGCCAUUCUCGAGUGCGACGGCAUUUUUGUUCCAGGCGGUUUCGGUAAACGUGGGGUGGAUGGCAAGUGCGUUGCGGUGGAGUUGGCGCGCCGUCACAACAUUCCCUAUUUUGGCGUUUGCCUGGGGAUGCAGGUAGCCCUUAUUGAAAUUUGCCGUAACGUGAUUGGGUGGAAGGACGCAAACAGCGAGGAGUUUGACAGCAGCAGCACCCAUCAGAUUGUGCACAUCAUGGACUGCGAUCGCCAUAGCAUGGGGGCCAACAUGCACCUAGGGGCCCGCAACGUGCACAUAGUUGAGAAGAAUUCCAUCAUGUCCACCAUCUACUCCGGCGCCGACGUCGUCGUGGAGCGCCACCGUCACAGGUACGAGGUAGACACGUCCUGUAUUGACGAGUUGCGUGCGGCGGGUGUUUUGUUUAGUGGGAUGUCGGACGCGGUGUUAGGCCCGCAAACGCGUGUGGAGGCAAUUGAACUGCCAGCUCUUCGCUUCUUCCUCGCCGUCCAGUUCCACCCCGAGUUCAUCUCGUCACCGUUGGACCCGUCACCGCCGUACCUCGCGUUCAUGGCCGCAGCAGCGAAGAAGGAGCACAGGUGGCCGGAGGCGUGCGCAUUGCGCCGCCUCAAGCCGUCGCCGCGGUCCGCGUAG